AUGAGUUUCCGGGGUAGGCCCAAUGAGGAUCCAAAUGCUCACCUUACCAACUUCAAGAUGAAUUGUAAGGCGAUAAAGAAAGGGCCGGGAAUCACCACGGAAGAUGUGCUCCUUGAGACUUUUCCAUACUCACUCAUGGAGAGAGCAAGAGAUUGGCUCUACACUCUUGAGCCAAACUCCAUUUCAUCUUGGGACGAGAUGGAGGAGCAGUUCCUUAUGCAAUACUAUUCACCCACCAAAACUCAACACGCAAGGAAUCAGAUCAAUGCUUCUAUACAAGAGGAUGGGGAGAAUCUUCAUGAUGCAUGGGAACGAUUUAAAGAAUACCAAAGGAUGUGCCCUCACCAUGGAAUGGAACGAGAUUACCUCCUAUCUAUCUUCAUUCAUGGAUUAAAAGAUGACACUCGAUCAUGGAUCGAUGCGACAUGUGGGGGUGACAUCUAUGACAUCCCUUUUCAAGAGCUAGAAGCAACAAUUGCAAAGUUGGCCAAAGGACGAGGCCAUACAUCAAAUGAGUUCAGUAGGAGGGGCUCAACAAAGGGAGAUGCGGGAGAAGGAGCAGCACUCAAGGCAGUGUUAUCUGAACUUGCUGAGAUACAGAUACAACUUGCAAACAGUAAGCAAGUAGCAGCUAUCGAGGAGCCAAGUUCAGCACAAAUCCAACCGGGGAUGUAUUUGGUCAAUCAAGAAGCGGAGGAGGCCAAUUAUAUUGGUCCAAACCAAUACAACCACCCUUCCAACCUAUACCAUCCUGGGUUAAGGAACCACCCAAACUUCUCCUACAAGAACCAAACAAAUGCAAUGAACCCAUAA